AUGAUCAAAUUAUCAAAGGUUGACAAACGCAUAUAUAAACAUUUAAAUUUACCAAACAAGUUGCAAUGUCUACUUAUUGAGGACAAGGAUGCUGAGAAAUCUGCUGCUGCUCUCAAUGUUUAAGUUGGAGCAUUUUAAGAUCCUAAGAAUGCUUAAGGUUUGGCUCAUUUUUGUGAGCAUAUGCUAUUUAUGGGUACAACUAAAUAUCCCGAUGAAUCUGAAUAUCAACAUUUUAUAUCUAAGCAUUCAGGAAUGACUAAUGCUUAUACAUCUACAACCAAUACUAAUUAUUUCUUUACUGUGGCCAAUGAUUAAUUAGGAGGAGCUUUAGAUAGGUUUUCCUAAUUCUUCAAGCAUCCUCUUUUUAAAGAAUCAUGCAUUCAAAGGGAAAUGUAGGCUGUUCAUUCAGAAUUUAAUAUGAAUUUACAAAAUGACUUUUGGAGAAAAUUUUAAGUAAGUAAAUUGUUGGCCCCACAAAAUUCCUCAUAUUCCUAGUUUAUGAUUGGGAAUUUAGAUACUCUUGGCUAAGUUAGUAGACAAUAACUUGUAGAUUUUCAUUCUCGUUAUUAUUCUAGUAAUUUGAUGAAAUUAGUCAUUUAUGGAAAGCAAUCAGUUGAAUAAUUAGAGAAUUGGGCAAGUGAUAUGUUUAGUGAUAUACCAAAUAAAAAUUACAAUAGACCAGACAUAGCAAUUCAAGGUUCUCAAAUUAUCCAAAAUAAAUUAAUUAAAGUAGUACCCAUAAAUGAUGAAGAUCAUUUAGAUUUAAUGUGGGUUAUAGAUUAUUUAUAACCCCAUUUCCGCAAUUGCCCAGGGAAAUAUAUUGCUCACCUUAUUGGCCACGAAGGAGAAGGAUCUCUCUUAAGUUAUUUAAUCAAAGAAAAUCUAGCCUAUGAACUUUCAUGUGGAACAUAAGAUGAAGCAUAUAAAUUCUCAGAAUUAUAUGUCAGUAUCAAAUUGACCAAAAAGGGGUUAGCUUAAUAUUAACAUAUCAUUGAAUUAGUUUUCAAUUAUUUAAAUAUUUUGUAAGCCAAUGCAUAGAUUUUUAAUGAGGUUAAAUAAAUCAAGUCCUUAUAAUUUGAUUAUCUUGAAAAGCAAAACCCUUUUGAUUUUGUUGGGGCAUUAGCAUCAAGAUUACAUCAAUACCCAAUUACAGAUAUCCUAAAAGCUCCGUAUUUGAUGGAAAAUUUCGACUCUAAUCUUAUUAAUAACACUAUUAAUCAGUUAAAACGAAAUAAUUUGAAUGUAUUUUUACAAAGUCAGUAAUUUUAAGGGAAAUUGGGAAAUUUUGAAAAAUACUUUGGGACUGAAUAUGAAAUUUCAGAUUUGUAAUUCGAAAAUUUACAAGCUCGAAAUCAAAAUUUCCAUCUACCAAAUUUAAAUAUAUAUCUUCCAAAUUAAACAGAUUUGUUGGCCAAUCCUAAUAGUUAAUAGUAUCCAACAAUAAUUUACGAGUCUCCACAAUCUACAGUCUAUUUCAAAUAAGACAAUAAAUUCAAUGUUCCAAAAACAUUCAUAAAAAUGAGACAAUAUUUGGAUUCAAUGGGAAAAUCAAUAUAAAAUGAAGUUCUUGGAGCCCUUUGGCAAAGUUUGCUCACAAUUCAUUUAAGGGAGUUAUUUUAUGAAGCAGAAGUUGCUUCCUUGUCUCCAUCAGUUAGCUUAGUAACUAAUGGUAUUGAAUAUUCAUUAGCUGGAUUUAGUGAUUCAAUUAACAAGUUCUUACCAGAUAUGUUGAGAAAGGUCUUAGAUUUUAGAGUUGAAAAUUAUAGAGACAAUUAUGAUACUUAAUUGGCUAAGCUUGUUUGUGAUUUGGAGAACUUUUCUCAUUCUCCUCCUUAUUCUUAGGCAAGAAAUCUAUCAAUGUUGCUCUUAAGAGAUUGUGGGUCAUUUGAUCCUGAGGAUUUAUUACAGACAAUCAAACUUAUAUAGUUUGAUGAUUUGAUUUACUUUUAGAACCACUUGAUGGAUAAAUGUAGAUUCGAAUGGCUUAUUAUGGGUAAUGUAUCAGAAAGUAAUGCGAUUUCAAUAGUGAAAUAAUCGGAGGAAUAGUUUAAAAAAUCACUCACUUUACAGAAAGAGGAAAUAUUGUAAGUAAGAUCGAUUAAUAUCCCUGAAAAAAUCAUAUACAACUACACAAGAUACUUAAAUUCCGAAACUGAAACUAAUUCUAGUGUGAUUUUGUAUUUUUAAUUAGAAAGUGGAACAGUAAGAAAUCAAUUGAUUGUUGAUUUACUUUCCAAUAUAAUUAAGACUCCGUUUUUUUCUCAAUUAAGAACUACAGAGUAAUUAGGAUAUGUUGUAUUCUCUGCUUCUAGUGAUGUCAGAGGUAUAACUGGUUUCUAAUUUUUAAUUUAGAGUAGUGUGAAGUGUCCAAAAUAUCUCUAGGCUAGAAUUAGAGAAUUCAUAAAGACAUUUGGUAUAGACGAUUUAACAAAGGAGUAAUUUGAAGAAUACAAAUAAUCUAUUAGAGUAUCACUUUUAGAGAAGGAUUUCUCUUUGGGAAGAGAAGUUGGAAGAUUUUGGGGUGAAAUUUAACGACAUUAGAAUCUUUUCGACAGGAGGGAGUAAGCUUUGAAUUUGCUAGACACUAUCGAUAUUGAAGAGGUUAAGAGAUACUAUAAGUAAUAUUUGAUCGAACAUCCUCAUUAAAUUGAGAUUCAUGUGGUUUCGCCACCUCAUAGACAAGAAUAGGAUUCAUUACCUAAUACUGGAUUGAUGAGUACUAGUGCUGAAUGGAUAAAACGUCGUGUGCCUCUUUAUCCAGAUAUGUAUUCAUUAUUAUGA